GCUGGACCUUGAGCAUCUCGGCGGGGCCAGUGGGCCUGCGCCUCUCCCGCUCUGAUUCGGACGAAUCCCCUCUUCCCACAGUCGUCUUCUCCAGCGGGCUCGGGCCUGCCUGCAGGAUUUCCUCUUUCAGCAUGGAAAAGUCCCGCUGCUGCUGCUGCUGCUGAUGUUCUGCUCUGCCCCUUCUCCCCAGAGGCGAGGACCCCUCUGCUCCCCGAGGUGCCAUGGCCCCCCAAUCCUAUGGCGAGUGGAGCACAGCCCUGUCUUACCUGGCGCUGGCGCUGGUGUCUCUGUACGCAGCGGUGAGCACUGCCCAGUGCACUAACGGUCACUUGAUGUGCGCUGGCUGUUUUAUCCACCUACUAGCAGAUGCCCGGCUGAAGGAGGAGCAGGCCACAUGCCCCAACUGCCGCUGUGAGAUCAGUAAGAGCCUCUGCUGCCGCAACCUGGCCGUGGAGAAGGCCGUGAGUGAGCUGCCGUGCGAGUGCGGCUUCUGCCUGCACCAGUUUCCCCGCUCCCUCCUGGAGAGGCACCAGAAGGAGGAGUGCCAGGACAGGGUGACCCAGUGCAAGUACAAGCGCAUUGGCUGCCCAUGGCAUGGCCCCUACCAUGAACUGACGGUGCACGAGGCUGCCUGCGCCCACCCUACCAAGACAGGCAAUGAGCUGAUGGAGAUCCUGGACGAGAUGGACCAGAGCCACCGCCGAGAGAUGCAGCUCUACAAUGGCAUCUUCAGCCUGCUCAGCUUCGAGAAGAUCGGCUACACAGAGGUCCAGUUCCGGCCCUACCGCACAGAUGACUUCAUAACGCGCCUAUACUAUGAAACGCCCCGCUUCACGGUGCUCAACCAGACAUGGGUCCUGAAAGCGCGUGUCAACGACUCAGAGCGCAACCCCAACCUGUCAUGCAAGCGCACACUGUCCUUCCAGCUGCUGCUCAAAAGCAAGGUCACAGCGCCCCUCGAGUGCUCCUUCCUGCUGCUCAAGGGCCCCUAUGACGACGUGAAGAUCAGCCCCGUCAUCUACCACUUCGUCUUCACCAACGAGACCAAUGAGACUGACUAUGUGCCGCUGCCUAUCGUCGACUCUGUGGAGUGCAACAAACUGCUGGCCGCCAAGAACAUCAACCUGCGGUUCUUCCUGUUUCAGAUGCCGAAGUAGGGGGUGGCUCCUGCCCACGCCUGCCUGCAGCUUUACAGACCUGACCUGUCACCCUGUCCCCAGCGGGCAGGGAGAAGUGAGGAGCAAACACGACCAAACCUUGGGAAGUGUGCAUGCGUGUGUGAAGGUGUCCUAGGGCCCAAGGCUGGGCCACCUGCAGAGGAGGCAGGCUCAGGGAUUGGGCGGGCUGCCAGCCCCCGCCCCACCCCACCACAGCAGGCUCACUGCUCUGGACGGGACUCGGGGCCUGCAGACUGGGGACUGCGCAUUUGAUGGCAAUUAAAAUGGCACCUUGUUUCCCACUCUCUGUUUCGUUGGACGGCAUGGCCCUGACUGGCAACCGGGAGCUUGGGUUUGACCUGGGCUCAGAGCCUGCCCACCCACCCGUCUCCACUCCUCCACUCCCCUGAAGAGACUUGAUUUGAAUGCCAUCCCCGCCCCCGGUCCUGGGAGGGUGGCUCUCAUGGAAGCCACUCCUGGGGAGGCAGGACCCUGGCCCCCAGGGCCCAACAGAUGCUUUCGGAAUGCAGGGUGAAAUUCUAUCUCUUCCCAGGAAAAAAAAUUAAACUACAGGCUCUCUUAUGAGUUACACA